UUUACUUCUUUUACAGUGUAGACAUCAAUAAAUUCAACUAUUUUUAGUCGAAGACGCAGAGUUAACAUAGUCUAAAAGACUGCAAUUAUGUCUUUUCACAACAAUUUUUUACAUUGUCUUAUUACCUUUUAUCUUAUGAAAUGUUUCAUGCCAAGGAAUCUCACUGAUAUGCAUGCAACUGAAAUACCUCCUCUUACUUUGUAAACAAUAUUCAACUUACAAAUUGCGUGCAAUAACUGAUUAUUAUUCUAGAACUAGAUAAUCUGCGAUUAUGAAAUUUAUGGUAAAGUUUUGGAACUAAAAUUGUUUCGAGAAGUUAAGGAGUCGUUUUUAAGGAACUUUAUGUGACCGUUGCUUACGCUUAUAGUGCAUGCUUUUAUGAAAACACGGCAUUAGGCACAAACACGGAGUUUGCGUUAGUCGGAGGACCGCACACGUUACAUUCGACUUAGUCGCGUUACUUUAUGACAUCGGCGACUAACGUCCCAUUACAAUCACGUCAUUCACGUAAACAAUUACGAUAAAAGUAUAUGCAGCAACUCUAUACUACGGACGCAGAGAAGUAAUUUAAGAUGUGUACUUUCACCACAAAGUGACUGAUAUAUGAAUAAUGCUGAUAUGAAAUGAAAUAUAUUCAUUCAUUGUACGGAGGCCUGGAAAUAAAUCACGUUUUACUAGUUGACAACGAUCGUUUGGCAAUAUCUGACACACUCCAACAAGCUGCCUGAAUGAACAAAGAAGACAAUGAAAUGCGGACGCUUGUCAGCUACACUGCACUGCUAUUCGCACAUUUCAAUCACAUUCGAUUUGCACUUUGCAAUUACGUCUUAUUAUUAAAUGAAUGGUUCACAACCUCUCUUCUGUCAUCAGGUUCAAUACAACAACUCUCAGCCGAUCGAUACUUCACAUGGUUUUGCAUCGAAGUCACAGCAACACAUCACGAAAUGUUCAUUCACUAAGUUAUAUAGAACUCAUGAAUUGCGUAAAUUUGAUCCUUACGGAGUUCCCCAAAUCAAAACGACAUUAAAUAAGAAAGAAUCAAUAUGUGAAGGAAUGCAGUAUUCGGUACCAAGACAGAGAGUAUCAAAAUCCUUUGAUCAUACAGCAAAUGUAGCGCAUGUAUACAAUGAAAUCUGCGAACACCAUAAUCAAGAUUCGAAUUUAUUUCGAAAUAAUAUUCUGGCUCUCACCGAGUCGACAGACGAAAUAUUUUUGCCCAACUGCUUUGAUAUUUUUAACAUUGUAAACUGCAAUCGUAGACUGGGCUUGAAUAAAUCGAAUAACCCCCAUCGUGAGUCAUCGCGACAUUGCGACUCACUCACAUGUAUCAUCAACCCUUUGUUUAUUAUUAUCGCGAACAGUCGUUUCUCACAUGGGUUGUCUGGAAUGGAUGAAGUCCCCAUGGAUUGUGACGUAGAGUUAGCAAUGUUGCGGUCGCAUUCUAAUAACUGGUCUCAAUUGCAGUCAAAGCUGAAGCGAGGCAAUUCAUCAGGGAAUCCAAACGACCUAGAAGCAAAUGGUGACUUACUGGCGGGCCGUUGCUGUGAAGUAGUGUCUAUUAAUUCAAUUCUGUUCGCAAGCAACUUGAGCUUAUUCGCGGCAAAUACAUUCCAACAACUAGCUCGCUUUAGUCUGACUGAUCAAAGGCCUCAGUUGUUCGAUUCAGCUACUACUACUGCGACAACUGGAAUCUUAGAUACAUAUUCUGAAAUAGAUUAUAGAGGUACGUACGACAAUCCACCAACAAAGAAGUUUCUUUCAUGUGGGAAUGUAAAGCGUUCUCCUGUACGUAGUCAGUUAUAUUAUUUGAAUGACGUCACGGCUGAUGUGUUCGAAGGUGUCAAUGCACGUUGCGCUUUUACCUGCGAUUCGAAAUUAUCUGGAGAAAUAAAGUUUUUUUUUAAAUACUUCGAAGCAAGUAAGUCAUAUUUACAAGAUCAAGUAGAUUGUCGUUCUGUGGGAGAGAAGUCAAUCUGGAAGCACGACGCUGUCAGUCUAUUUGAAAGCAACACACAUCCAAGUUCUCUUCGCUACGGAAACGUUUCUCCAGUUGAACAAAAUUAUGAAAGUUCAGACUACUUCGGAUUGAAGUUUGUAAAUAAACGUCCUAGAUAUAUAGUUCCUUUCAUCGAAGGACCUCUAGGAUUAAUUACUUCGAAAAAUAUUUUAGUAGAGUCGGAAACUUGUGAACAUUGUAGCAUGGGAGCGUGUUGCUGUGGAGGCAGAAAGUCUGUUGAUGGUGAUAAACAUGCCCCGGAAAUAUUGUACUUUCGAUCAGAAAGUGAUUUUUUCUCGUCUUCCAGAGGUGGAAUCACCGCACCAGCGACUGAUAGCGUGAUACGACGAAGAAGACUUAGCAGUGGCAAUAUACCAUUGGGACAAAGUGAUAUUUAUAAAGGCGGAAGUGAUUAUUUUGUUUCUCGACGCCGAGGCUCAUCCACAACAGCAGACUUUUUAACACGAGAACAUCCACGUCGAUUAGAUGAUACGUUUCUUCGAACUACUACCGAACCAGCUCUUAUUAAUAUAUGUAAAGAACCCAUUUUGGAGAAAGAUUCCAAUGUCAGGGAUGUGAAAAAGGAACUUACUCAAAACAAAUUAACCGCCAUAUCUGGUCGUAGGAGUAGUUUGGAACCGAUCAUUCUUGAAGAUCAUCUCGGGGAAUCUUCUCAUUUAUGGUUAGGGGUCCAACAUGGAGAAUCAGAAAGCGAAAUUUCAAAUGAUGAAGACACUUCUUCAAGGCAAGAAUAUGAUCUAAUCCACACUCUAACGAAAGACGUGAGCGACAAAAUUACUGAGGAGGAACGUCGAGAACGAACUAGGAUAGAAAAAUAUUACAUUGAUGGAAAAGAAAGACAUGAAACUUCACUCGAGAUGCAUCCUAAUGCUACAUUUUUAUCUGAAACUCAAAUCACGUUAUUAGAUCAAGAUAAAACACUUACGCGGGAACGACCUGCUUCCGCUUGUUCUAAUGAUGACAAAACUUUAGUAAGACGAAACGUAGAAAAUUCAUCCGACGCCUUUCAGAAUGAAGAAGAAUGUGAAUCACUAUAUCAAGAUUCGUCUUUGAACGCGAAACAUCAGUUGCACAUAAGAGAUUCCCCUCUUGUUGCCUGCGUCAGCUCCGUCGCAGACCCAAUAACGAAGAAACGAUAUUUAGUGACGUCCGCAAUGAAAAUUGGACUUUUAGAUUACGAAACAGCGGCGCAACUUCUUGAGGGUCAAAUUCAAGCUGGCGGUAUUGUAUGCAUCACUCCUUCUAUGGUGGAAAAUGCACCGUGUCUGCGCCUUGUAUCAGUGGAGGAAGGAUUGAGUCGAGAUCUUGUGGAUGGAAAAAUGUUUGAUAGACUUAAGAGGUUUGAAGAUACAGUUAGAACAUUAUUUGAGGGCGGUGACAAUAAUAAAUAUUGGUAUAAUCUAAAUUCUGACGUCGAUCGCAGGAUGAUUCAACUUCAGUCUAACGUCGGUGGAGUUCUCGAUCCAAUUCAAAAUGAUUUAGUGCCUCUAGUGGUAGGCGUUCAAAGAAAUCUGAUCGGAGAAAAACUCGUGCAAGAAGUUAUCAACCAACAAAUUGUCAGCGGUGGUGUUGUAAAAUGCUAUCCCCUAGUAAGAUUGCCCCUGAGAGAUGCUACAAAUUCUGGUUUGAUAGAUGCACAAUUGGCAUCGAGUUCUCGUCACUUGGAAAUAUUAUAUCACGGAGUUAGAGACCCACGUACAAACGAACCUACCACUUACGCAAUGUGCGUUCGGCGAGGGAUUAUCACACGAAAUACUGUAAUUGAAUUUUUAAUCAGGCAAGCGUUAGAGCAUGGGGGUUGGGUGAGAAAUUCUUUUACGCAAGAGUGGUUACCAAUCACGAGGGCGAUGCACGAAGGCGUGGUAGAUGUAGAUAUGUGGGAAGCUGUUGAACGUGCUAUAACUCGGAAUAAACGUGAUCCUGCCCUUAUACAUCCACUAUGGCUCCGUCCAGUUUCAUAUUUCGACUUCUUGAAGUCUUCCGAGCCUGAAAAUGGUGAUAUGUCUCAUUGCAAAGUGAUACAAGCAUGCAACAUGUAUGAGGGGAUAUACGAUCCUCGCCAUAAUCAGAGGAUUUCUCUUUGUGAGGCAUUGAAUAGAGACCUCACUGACCGAGAAACGGCAAAACGGCUUCUGAAAGCGCAAAUGGAAAGUGGUGGUUUGGUUGAUAUCAGGAAGCGCGAAAGAGUUCCGGUCAGCGAAGCUCUGAGUCGAAAAGUAAUAGACUUCCCGAUGGCCGUUUCUUUAGUGCAACAAGACAGGGUUUUGGAGAGUCCUAUACAAUCGGAAAUCGUAUCGGAAAAAUCGGACGAGUUUGAAGAAAACGAGACACUAGAGGAUAUGGUGGAAAUGGGUAUUGUACGACCUACGGAUAUGCUGGAACUUCUCCAAGCUGAUGGCUAUUUUAAAGGUAUAAUAGAUAUGAGAACUGGAAAAAAUGUCGCGAUAUCUGCUGCGGCUGUAAAGGGACUCAUAACUAAAACAACUGUUCUCCAAGUUCUUGGCACUGACGCUCAAAUCAAGGGUGUUGUAGAUGUUACCACGGGAGAUACUUUAUCAGUAGGCGUGGCUACCAGGCACGGCAUAAUUGAUCGCCAAACUGGCAUGAGAAUUUUAGAACGACAAGUCGCCAGUGGCGGUCUUUUAAAACCUCCAUCUGUGAAUGGACAUGUACCAAACAGUAGCCAAUUCAGGACGCCUGUCAAUGAAAUAGACAAUGUUGACGAUGGUGAGAAAUUACGAAUACAAGACGCGAUCAAAAUGGGAAUCAUUGAUCCUGUAUUAGGAAGUAAAUUAUUGGAAACUGAAAACGCGAUGAAGUUCAAUUUUGAUGAUACAGAAUUGCACACCGAAUAUGACGAUAAACAUGAAGAUCAAACAUCUGUGAUUGAGAAGAUUGUCAAAGAUCAGUUAUGCGCACUGGGGGGUGUUUUAGAUCCUCGCACGAAGGAAAUUCUUCCUUUGCAUAUUGCUGUAUCAAGAGGUCUUCUAUCACAAGAAUUAGCUUCCAAACUCAAACAGCGUCAAGUACCAGCGACAGCAACGUAUGUAAACGAAUACAGAUCGGUUCCGAAGUAUUCCAGCGACCUUGACUCCAUCACCGAAGCAGAGGAAGUGUUUUCAUCUUCGUCCAGCGAAUCUGAUGAAGCAUCACAACCUGGUGCUUUUGACAUCAAUCUUGCAAGAAUGCGAGCAAGAAGAGCUCGUGAAAUGCGAGAAAAUCAAUACCGACAUCGACGAAUGUCAACUAUUUAUGAAGAAGAUGAAGACGACGCAAUUGACCAAACAACAGGUGAAACUGUCACACUUGGAGCUCUGAGUCGCCGCGCAGUCGUGGAAAUGACGUCAGGAUCCCGUAUUCUGGAAGGACUUGAUCCUGCUGGCAGAAUUCUCAUACAUCACACACCAGAGGAUGCCGAUCCAAGUAAAGAGAUCGAGAAAAUCAGUAUCCAUAUUGUUGAUGCUUUCUCUCGAGGACUGCUCAGCGAACCUGUCGCUUUCCGUCUACUAGAGGCUCACCUUGCACAAGGGGGCAUUCCAGAUCCCACAACAGGUGAACGGGUGAGCCCGGAAGAAGCGUUCAGACGAGGUUAUAUUACGCAAGAAAUGGCAGAGAAACUUAUAGUGGCUCUCAAGAAUCUUUUGAGGGAACGAGCUCAAAUGUACGUGUUCCGCAUUAAUGAACUUAUAUGCUGGUGUAACACCAUGGAAUCGGAAAUCGAUGAAUAUAAUUUAGUGAGCGAAACUGAAAAACCUGCAGUCCAAGAAAGGCUGCUUCGAGAUGCGAUUCCUGAACUGAGAACCAUUAGCGAUACUUUGAAUGAUGUUCAAGGUUUUGUUGAACGGGAUCGAGGUCACUUGGACCCAUUUUCCGUUAACGAGUUGAUCGUUUUGUCGGCAGAGUUACAGGAAAAGGCCGAGGCUAUCGAAGGGGCAUUGAGAGAUGACGGAAAAAUCGUUAUCAUUACCCGACGACCUUUGAUUGCUCGAUGCGAUUCGUCAUCAUCUGCAUCAUCGAAUACGACAGCGACAUCUGACGGAUUUGCUUUGGACGAAGGACUGGCCAACAAUCUUGCCCGUCUACAACAAUUAGAAGAGGAGGCCGAUGGAAUUAACGAAGACCUGCGUAAGUUCUCAGAAGAAGAAUGUGACGCUUCUCAGGAAAUCAGCGAUGAACAAACUUUAGAAUCACUGCAAAAACAGCUUGAACAGAUAAAGGUUAUCAAUGCGCAAGUACUUGCCUCUACACCAGGUGUGAACACUGCCAUAAAGGAAGCCGAAAAUUUUGCCGACGAGAAUAAAGACAAACUUGCCGAAGAUCUUGCAGAUGAGUUGAAUGCCGCAAAAUCAGCGCUGAAAAGAAAGUGGGAAAUCGUGAAAGAAGCAGCUUCUGAAAUGCUCAGGCAGCUCGAAAAGCAAGCAAAAUUAGCUCAGGAUGAAGAACAACGAAAGGCUUCGAUCUCCUCCAUGCUUUCCGAGUUGGAACCUAUGUUGGACCACGUCCGAGAAUGGGUUUCUCAAAGCCACACAAAACUGGACACAGAAAAACCGGCCGAAAUUGACGAAAAACUUAUGGCUAAACAGUUUGAAAUGGUUGAGGAACACAACAAAUUUAUUUCCUCACCUCAAGAAAAAAUCGCAAAUAUUUUAGAACGGUACAAAAAUCUACUCGAAUCUUCCGACAUAAAGUUGGUUUUAGCAGAAGACGCUGUACCCGCUCGACAAAAUGAAGUCGAAGAUUUAGAAAAAGAACGUAUCGCAUUGCUGGACACGACACAAAAGAGAAUGAAAAGUCUUUCUCAUGCGAAAGCAGAACUUGCCCAGUUUUGUCAGGGGUAUUCACCAUUUCAAUGCUGGCUUGACGAUGCGAAUAAAAGAUGUCGCUCUGGGAAACAAGCACCUAAGGAUAUAUCAGCCCUAGAAGCAGAAUCACGUGAUAUCAGUGCUCUCCAAUCAGAAAUCAGCGCGCACAAUGCUGAUUUGCGAUUUUUACGUAUAACAUCGAAAAAACUUGUGGAAGCUGCAAAGGCAUAUAACGAUACCCUUGAUCGUGCCGAAGACAAACCUACAAAAUGCGAAGAUGACGUCAUAACAGACCCAACUGAACGUGAAGUAGAAAAGUUGAUGACGAUUACAGAGUCCUUUUAUGAUGACGUAGUGAAACAGGCUCAUGACCGCGAGCAGCUUUUAGCCGACGUAUUAAAGAAACGAGCAACAUACGAAGCUUCGUUACCGACUGUAUAUCCGUGGUUAGACCAAACCGAAACGCAAUUGAACAACAUAGAUGAAAGACCACUUCCUGUGGAGCCAAAUGCUUUACAAAUACAAGCAAAAGAAGUUGAGCAGAUUUUGCAAGAUGUUACCAACCAUGCAGCAACUGUUCAGAAACUGGAAGAAGCCGCCCGUGACGUCAUUGCUCUACCACAGGAGGCGUUAGAGGAUAGUGAACGAAAUGAUAUCAAAAACCAUGCAGGUACUACUCGAAAACGGUAUGAUGAUCUUCGAUGCAAAGCCACUGAGAAAUCAACUGAAUUAAAUUCAGCAUUAUCGAAGUCACAGGGAAUAUCCGAGAGACUUGAAUCCUUACUCAAAUGGCUGGAUGAUGUUGAAAGGCAGCUAGGUCAAAACAAAGCGGACACUGUGGCGCAAGUUUCAAAAUUGAACAAUAGUUUUGAGGAAGCUAAUAAAAUUAAUGAUUCGAUCAAACAGCGCCUACCAGAAGUCGCAGAAGUGAAAGAGGUUUGCUCUGGUCUGUUAGGUGGAGGAGAUGGCCUGGCUACAGACUCUCUCCACAAAAGAACGAGUCAAUUAAACACCAGGUUCGGCCAAGUUGAACACGGUACUUCACUAAGAUUAGGCGAUCUUACAGAACUUCGAGAAAAGCUCGCUCCUUUUGAAUCAAACUCAAACGAACUGUCGGAUUGGAUCGAAUCUAUUUUAGAUAAGUUACAAACUGAAGACGAUUCCGUUCCCAAUGAAAGUCAACUUCCGAAUGCUGAAUUAAAACUUAAGGAAAUUAGAGACGAAGUCGAAAGCAAGCGUCCUGUUAUUAUCCAGACAUUACGCGAAGGAGAAUCCAUUGUGGGCGAUUGCCGCAUCAGUGACGCAACUCCAGCGCGUGACGUCAUGUCACACUUGAGUAGCUCUUGGGAAGAAUUACAAGAAAUAUUGGCUGAAAUGGAGGAAGAUGUCACUGCUCGACGUGAACAAAUGACGUCAUUUGAAAAAUCAAUGGCUGACUUUACGUCAUGGAUGAAGUCCGUGGAUGAUGCCGUUGGUGACAUGAAAGAUUCUAUUGUUUUAAAAACGUUGGAGGAACAAAUUGAGAAAACACAAGAACUUUUGGAUAGUUGGGGAGGGAAAGACAAAAGACCUUGAUCGCAUAUAUGAUCUUGGCUCUUUUGAUCUGAAGUCCAAUAUCUCGCCAUCGAGGAGAAGAUUACGAGCACAUCGACGUAAAAAUAAAGGCAUGCGUAAAAGCAGAGCACGGCUUAAUCAGAAAGAAGAGACGAUCGAUUCAAACUCGGCCAAUGGAAAAG